AUGGAGACCGUCAAUAAAUACGUCAGCGCUGCUUCGACCGCCAUCUGGGGUGAGAACAGUCCCUCAACCGACCCCCACAACCUCCAGCACGGCGAAGAGCCCAUUUCUGGUGUCCAAGGCAGUGGACGUAUCACAGACCCCUAUGAUGGUGGUAACCGAGAGGAGCAACCCGGCGCAAUCAAUCUCGACGGCAACACAGCCACUCAAGAGCCAAAGUCAGACGGCGCCAUGCAAAAAACCUUCGAAGAAGCAGCCGUAUCAUCAGCUCCCUCCCACCCCAAGUCCACCCUCGACAACAAUAACACAACCGGUGUCAUCGACCCAUCUGCCACCAUUGGCAAGCCCAUCACUAGCGGAGCCAACACAAAUUCAAGCACCGACACAGGCACCAUCGAUCCUACAGCCAGUAUCACCAAACCACUCACUGAACCCAACACAUCCACCGCACCAGUCAGCGCCGAAGCCACGCAACCCCUGCCCGGCCAGGAAGCAGGCAGUUCGUCGGGACCCACCGAGACCGCUGCUUCGACCAAGGAACAGCGUAGCACCACCGAGACUGAAAAUGCUGCCUUCUCGGAGUCCGCAACUGAGGGGGGCUCCCACACCGCCGCUAGCGAGGAAGCUCUCAAGGGACCCCAAGGCCCGGCUCCUAAGUCUGCUGAGGACUUCCAGAAAGAGGGUAACAGAAAGGGGUCUGUGGUGAAGGAGCUGGAUAAUACCAAGGAUCAUGAGAAGAGAACCUCUUAUGAGUCCAAGGACAGUAACAAGGAAAGCAGCAAGUCUGAUCAUUCUUCCCAGGAUAGUGGAAAGGGUAACGGGAAGCAUGGUGCUAUCUCGAAGAUGAAGGAGGGGAUCAAGAAGCAUCUUCACCAUUCGAGCAAAUAA